GGGGUGGGAGGGAGGAAGGCGGCGGGCGCGGGGAGGCGGAGGGCGGGCAGGAAGGGGGGCCGGAGUGUCCCGGGCGCAGGGCGCGCGUGCGGCGGCGGCGGCGGGGAGGGGCCGGCCGCGCCGCGCUCCCCUCCUCCCUGCUCGCAUCCCCGGCCCCGCGCGCGCCCAGCACCGGCGGGGCUGUGUGUGCGUGCGUGCGAGUGAGUGAGUGUGCGCCUAUUUUUUUUCCUCUCUUUUCUUUCUCUCUCACUGUUUUUUUCUCUCUCUCUCUCUCUGCCUCUCGCGCUCCCUCGCUCUCGCUUUUUUUUUUUUUUUGCAAAGAAACAGCAGCGCCGCCGCCGCUCCGCCGAGGCGCUGCGCCCCCCGGGGGGGGGGGAGGCGGAGGAGGCGGGCAGCGGCGGAGGGAGGGGAGCCGGGGAGGGGGGCGCCGCGCUGGGAGGGAGGCAGCGCGCACCGUGCAGCCGGGCCGGGCGGGAGGCAUGGCGGGGCCCCCGGCCCUACCCCCGCCGGAGACGGCUGCGGCCGCCACCACGGCGGCCGCCGCCUCGUCGUCCGCUGCUUCCCCGCACUACCAAGAGUGGAUCCUGGACACCAUCGACUCGCUGCGCUCGCGCAAGGCGCGGCCGGACCUGGAGCGCAUCUGCCGGAUGGUGCGGCGGCGGCACGGCCCGGAGCCCGAGCGCACGCGCGCCGAGCUCGAGAAACUGAUCCAGCAGCGCGCCGUGCUCCGGGUCAGCUACAAGGGGAGCAUCUCGUACCGCAACGCGGCGCGCGUCCAGCCGCCCCGGCGCGGAGCCACCCCGCCGGCCCCGCCGCGCGCCCCCCGCGGGGGCCCCGCCGCCGCCGCCGCGCCGCCGCCCACGCCCGCCCCGCCGCCGCCGCCCGCGCCCGUCGCCGCCGCCGCCGCCCCGGCCCGGGCGCCCCGCGCGGCCGCCGCCGCCGCCGCCGCCACAGCGCCCCCCUCGCCCGGCCCCGCGCAGCCGGGCCCCCGCGCGCAGCGGGCCGCGCCCCUGGCCGCGCCGCCGCCCGCGCCCGCCGCCCCGCCGCCCGCGGCGACCCCGGCCGGCCCGCGCCGCGCCCCCGCGCCCGCCGCCGCCGCCCGGGAGCCGCCGCCGCCGCUGCCGCCACCGGCGCCGGCGCCGCCACAGCAGCCGCCGCCGCCGCCGCAGCAGCCGCCGCCGCCGCCGGAGGGGGGCGCGGUGCGGGCCGGCGGCCCGGCGCGGCCCGUGAGCCUGCGGGAAGUCGUGCGCUACCUCGGGGGCAGCGGCGGCGCGGGCGGCCGCCUGACCCGCGGCCGCGUGCAGGGGCUGCUGGAGGAGGAGGCGGCGGCGCGGAGCCGCCCGGAGCGCACCCGCCUCGGAGCGCUCGCGCCGCCCCGCGGGGACAGGCCCGGACGGGCGCCCCCGGCCGCCAGCGCCCGCGCGGCGCGGAGCAAGAGAGGCGAAGAGCCGGUGCUCGAGAAAGACGACGACGACGACGACGACGAGGAGGAAGACGACGAGGACGAUGUGUCCGAGGCCUCCGAGGUGCCCGAGAGUGACCGCCCCGCGGGGGCGCCGCCGCACCACCAACUUAACGGCGAGCCCGACCUGCAGAACGCCAAGGAGCGGGUCAAGGAGUGGACGCCCGCUGGCCCCCACCAGGGCCCAGAGCAGGGGCGCGGACCCGCGCCGGGCACCCGCCAGAUCUUCUCCAUGGCCACCAUGAGCAAGGACGGGGGCUCGGGCUGCGCCACCCCUGGACCUGACUGUCCCUCCCCCGUGCCUUUGCCCCCGGGAAAACCAGCCCUCCCUGGGGCCGACGGGAUCCCCUAUGGCUGCACUUCUGGCCGCAAGGAGAAGCCGGCUGAUCCUGUGGAGUGGACGGUCAUGGACGUGGUGGAGUACUUCACCGAGGCCGGCUUCCCUGAGCAGGCAACAGCUUUUCAAGAGCAGGAAAUCGACGGCAAAUCUCUGCUGCUCAUGCAACGCACCGACGUGCUGACUGGCCUGUCCAUCCGCCUGGGCCCUGCCCUGAAAAUCUACGAGCACCACAUCAAGGUGCUCCAGCAAGGCCAUUUUGAAGACGAUGACCCUGACGGCUUUCUUGGCUGAGCGCCCGGCGCACCCUGCCCCGCCCAUCCCUCCCGGCCCCUGUCCACUCCCAGCCCCGCCCCCCUGCGCCCAGUCCAGACACUGGACAGGGCCACACCCUUGGCCCUCAUGACAGUUUCUAAGGAGGGGGCACCCCAGUCCUCAUCUAGGGAUGAGACAGGGACAGGGGCUAUUAACUGGACCCCAGGAGGCCAGACCUGCCCCGCACCCCCUCCUCCCCCCAGCCCUGAACAUUUUUUUUUUUUGAGAAGAAAAAGUGGUGGGCCUCCCUUCUACCCGAGAUCCCUUUGAGUUCACCCAGAUGUUUCCUAUAUAAAUGUUUUGUUCAGCUGUUCUGUUCUUUGGGGUGGGCGGCCAUACCUUGCUGGCCCCCCCUGCCGUGGGGGUGGGGGUCCCUGUGUCUUUCUUCUCCCUCCCCCCUUUCUUUCUGUUGGUUGUUGCUCCAGCUGGCUGUAUUGCUUUUUAAUAUUGCACCGGAGGUUUUUUAAAUAAAGUUUUAAGAAAAAGAAAUGGG